CCAGCUCAAAUGCCUUUGUUGUCAGAUGUAAUAAUAAUUUUUUCUUUCCCUUCUGCAAACAACUCCCCAAGUUUAUUGCAUUUCUGCAGGUUGUUGGUCCAAGUCCCUUUCAUUAAUAACUUUUGUGUACAAGAAAUCAUCCCCCCCAAAAACAAAAUUUCCCUCUACAAGCCAAGUAUCCUAUUGGAACAACAGAAGAAUUGAACACUUGAUAUUACUCCUACAGGGCAAUCCGUCGGUAGAAUGGGGCUACAGUUACUGGUCUCCUACUAGUAUUUAAAUCCAAGUCUUUGGUUUGGUUCCCUUGACUUAAAAAGGCGAAGACUCCUUUGUAUCUCUUUAGCUUCAUAACUCACAAGUUGCAAUGAGUAUUUGUUAGAUUGGCUUGCAUCUGGACAAAGCCAGCUCAAAACUUUCAAUCCAACUAGGUUGUAUCUGUUUUGGCAUCUGCCAAAAAUCAUUAUCUUCCUUCAAACUCUUCUUCUCAGUUUAUUAAGUAGCGUAUCUCCUCUUUCUCUGCCUCCUGCCUGUCCUUUUUUGUUCUGCCCUUUUGUUUUUCUUCUUCUGUCGAGUUGUUUUCUGCACAUUCGUGGCAAAGGAAGGGUCUCUAAAUGGCACAAGAGGUUGCCAGAGAUAAAGCUUCAUUCAUGCUCCAAGCCAAAUCUUUGGGCUUUCCAGGGUCAAACACCUCAAAAACAAGUUUCUUUAUGGCUCAAAUCAUGCUCAGGGUUUUUGCUUUUGCUUUCACAGUGGCUGCAAUCUGUGUUAUGGCCACAAGCUCCCAAUCCAUCAUUCUACUUGGUUUCUCUAUUAGAGCUCACUACAGCUACUCAUCUGCUAUGAGGUUUUUACUUGUGACAGACGCUAUAGUUUGCGCCUUCUCUGCAAUUUCAUUGAUCUUGGUUUGCCGUUUGAGACGUUCAGGAUCAUAUCUCAAGAGCUGUUUCUAUCUGUUUAUGCAUGACAUGGUGAUUAUGGUGUUGGCCAUAUCUGGAUGCGCAGCGGCCACGGCAGUGGGUUAUAUCAGUAGAUAUGGAGAAGAAAAAAUGGGUUGGAUGGCUGUUUGUGAUCGUGUGGGGAAGUUUUGCAAUCAUAUGAUGAUAGCCAUGGUGUUCUCCUACUUGGCUUUCUUUUCUUACUUUGCUCUUGCUGUUAUGUCAAGCAAAAAAGUCAUGUAUCAAGCCAAUGAAUGAGUACCAAGAAACUGAAAGGCAAGUGAGCCCUUGAAGAUCAGAGACAAAGACAGAUAAUAAUUAUCAAACAAAGCAGCUUCUUCAACUUGGUCUUGAAAUUUACUAUCUCUUUUAGGGGUUAGAUGCUGUUUCUGUAGAAAUUACAGUGCUGGUAGGAAAUAUAAUAUAUUUUGUAAUUGACUCGGGUACUUUACAUGUUUUAUUUACUCAGAUUAGAAUUACUGAAACUUGCAUGUUGAGACAAUUUUAGCUAUGGACUGCAGCAGGGAA